AUGUCCAGAGGGGUUCUGCUAAUUCUCGAAGGUCUCGAUAGAAGUGGUAAAUCCACACAAGCCAAGAGACUAGUGGAAUAUAUUAACAACUCUGGUCGAAAAGCAAUCCUUAUACCUUUCCCUGAGAGGUCGGAUCCUUUCGGACAACUCAUUGAUAAAUAUUUGAGAAAUGAGAUUGACAUAAACGAACAGGCUCUCCACUUGGCUUUCUCAGCCAAUCGCUGGCAAAUGGAGUCCAAAAUCCGCAAACAUAUCGCUGAGGGAACUGAUGUCGUGUGUGAUCGUUAUGCAUUCAGUGGAGUGGCUUAUUCUAUGGCGAAAGGCUUGGAUGAGCGUUGGGCUAAACAACCAGACAUUGGAUUGCCAAAUCCGGAUGUUGUUUUGUUUUUCCAAGUUUCUGCAGAAGUUGUUCGUCAACGAGGUGGUUUUGGAGAAGAAAGGUUGGAACGCGAAGACCUACAGAAGAGAGUUUCUGCCAUUAUGGAGACGUUGAGAAAAGACAACUGGAAAAACUUGAAUGCUGAUGGAGACAUUGAGACUGUUCAUAAGUCAAUCAUUGAUAUCUACCAGAAUCUCGACAGAUCUAAGAGUCUGAGCAGCAUAACUGAAUUAUAA